UCAUCUUCCCUUAAGGUACCAUGCUGUCCAUUCACUCUGUACUGUUCACUGUGGUGAUGUUCUCGCAGUUGAGCAGCCACUUGGUCACUGUGGCCAUGCCGAUGAAUAAAAUGGAUGACAGCAUCACAGAGACCGAGAGGCUGGGAUCGUUGCUCGGCAAUGAUCCAGGGGAUGAAACUGUCGAGAGUCCAAACCUCACCCUGGAAAGGAAUGGCGAAAAGAGACCAAGAAUCAUUGUCAUCUCGGAUAUGAGGCUGAACGGACACAGUGUUCCUGUACUGACCGCAGCAUUUAGCCGAGGUCUUCCUCUGAUGACCGACCGUAGAGUCAGCAGAUUGCCAGCAGACAACCAUUUAAAGAUUAAUCGCAGAGACACUGACUUGGAUGUCUUCUCCCUCUGGAUACACACCAUGCAGGAGGAUUCCAGCCGCAGUCCCACCUACACCGUGGCAUGUGAUGACUACAUCCAUGUUGUAGAGUUCAGUCCUUUUAGCUCUGGUACACCUUUGUCUCUACUUGCCUAUGGCGGAAACCAGUAUGUGGUGGUAUCUACCUGCCUAUUUCCAGAAGAAGAUAUGGAGAUUGAAGGAGUUGACUUCAAUGUUCUUAAUGCUUUCUAUCAUGAACUAAGAGUGGACGCUAUAGCUUGGAGCCCUGAGUCACGGCUGGAUGGGAUACCAACCAUCAGGUUCUGCACCGCUGCAGGUGACGGAAAGCUCCGCCUCUUUACAUCCGAUCUUCAGGAUAGGCAGGAAGUCAAGUUGAUGGAGGGCCACACCAGCUACAUUAACCAUUUGGUGUUUGAACCCACAGAGGGGAAACAAAUCGCUUCUGUCAGUGAUGACCACACUUGCAGAGUCUGGGACUGGGAAGCAAAUGAAAGCAUUGCUCUACGGCUCCGCUCUCCCGGGGUCAGUGUCUGUUGGCACCCAGAGGAAGUCUUCAAGUUAAUGGUUGCAGAGAAAAAGGGCACGAUUCGCUUCUACGACCUGGUGAACCAGCAGGCCAUCCUAUCUCUGGACUGUGGCCAGUCACCUCUCAUGUCAGCGGACUGGUGUCUCAUCAACACCAUCAAAGUCGGCGCUGUUGCAGGAAACGACUGGCUGAUCUGGGACACGACUCGCUCCAGUUACCCCCAGGAGAAAAGACCAGCUCAUGUCGACAAGGCACGGUUGUUCAAGUGGUCUAGGGCCAACGAGAAACUCUUUGCCACCACUGGAUGUCCUGGGAAGAUUAACAGUCAGCUGCUUAUCCACCACCUCAGUCACCAGCAGCCAGUUACCAUUGGGUCAGUCAGUGUGGGCUCAGGCCUCAGCUGGCACCGGACACUCCCACUCUGUGUGAUUGGGGGCGAUAGAAAACUUUGCUUUUGGAUGACUGAGAUGUAGAGAUGCAGCCUACUCCCUGUCUCCUGAAUCUCUGUUCUGGUUCCAGUUUCAAUAAA